AUGAGGGAUGACAGGUUGGGAUCUUUGCCAGCCCCUCCCGGCAGCGCCAAGUCAAAGCACAGCAGCAGCAGGGCCAGUGCACGCCAUGUUGCCUUCUCGGAAACUUCUGCAGCUCCGAGCACCAACCGUGACGAUGGAGCCUUCUUCCCCCCACCAGAUUUAGAUGGAGAACGUCCGAAACGCCUCCGGCCACGUGCCUAUGCAUGCUGUGCAUGGGGAUGCAUGUUCAUUUUCGCCUUCGUCCUCCUCGCCCUCAUCUUAGGUUUUGUGUUCGUCUCCAUCUUCCAUUCUUACUUGCCUGUAAUCCGGGUCCGGCGGUUCAAUGCAACCAAGAUCGAGUUUGGCAAACCGAAUAAUCAGCACAAGGUGAGCUUGAAGGGAAAAGUAGAUUUGCUAGUGGAGAUUAAUAACCAGAACGAGAAAACCGAGCUCAAAUUCGGGAUGUUCAAAGUGAGUGCUUCUACUUCCAAUCUCAAUCUGGGUAACACCGAGUUUAAGGCAUUUACUCAGCCAACGAAAUCGUCGAAAUCACUGAACACAACCAUUGGGGUUAACAAUUCCGGGGUUGAUAAAGAUGACGCAGAGCAACUGAAACAAGAUAUUCAAAACCAUGAAUUUGAGCUGCAACUGAACAUGGUCGGAAGUGUUAGCUUCCCGAUCUCAGGGAUUAAUAUGAAUCAGAUUCCGAUCAUAGCGUCAUGUGAUUGCAAACAAACGGAAGUUGAUUUUGGGAAGAAUGCAAGGUGUAAUUAUCGGAUUUUCAAAUCCUAA